AUGCAUUCGAUCACUCCCUCGGAAGUCAUUAAACUGCGCCAACUGCUGGCGGGGACCGAUGCUGCCGUUCUCACCGAGGGCGAACCCGGAUACGCUGAGGGAAUUAGGCGCUGGAGUGACACAUGCGAAAAGAAAGCUGGUGCUGUAGUUCUUCCCACUACAGCAGAGGAGGUCUCAGCGGCCGUAGUCUUUGCAAGUAACCAUCAGAUUCCCAUGGUGGUUCAUAAUGGUGGUCACUCUACCAGCGGCGCCUCCGCAACGGAGGGGGGCAUCGUCAUCAGCAUGACCAAAAUGCGCCGCGUCGUGGUAGAUCCCGAACGCAAAACCAUCACGGCCCAGGGAGGCACCGUGUGGGAGGAUAUCGACCGUGCGGCGGCUCCCUACAAGCUGGCCACGGUCGGCGGCACCGUCAACCAUACGGGUGUUGGUGGGCUUACUUUGGGAGGAGGUUAUGGUUGGUUGACAGGCCGCUAUGGGUUGACCAUUGACAAUUUGCUGGGAGCCACUGUCGUGGUGGCGGAUGGUCGCAUCCUGAAGACCUCCGAGACGGAGAAUCCGGAUCUGUUCUGGGCCAUUCGCGGCGCUGGUCAGAACUUUGGUGUCACCACCGAGUUUAUCUUCCAAGCCUAUGAUCAGACGAACGAAGUGUAUGCUGGCCUGCUGAGCUGGCCGGCGCAGUGCCUGCCCCAGAUCAUUGAGUUUGUCAACCACUUCGAAGAUGACACCAACAAAGGGGAUAUGGGCAUCUUCUUUGGUUUCUGCGGUGCUAUGCCCCCUGGCCGGGUGAGCAUCGUGGCGGCCAUCUUCUACAAUGGACCCCAGGACGAGGCCGAGCGGCAAUUUGACCCCAUCCUUAAACUUGGACCCACCAUCAACACUGCGAAAAUGAUGCCCUAUGAGCAUUUGAACAGCAUCCAGAACCCCAUCGCCACGUAUGGGGGUCGCAAGUCGUUCAGCGGGGCCUUUGUCAAGCUGCCUCUGCAGGUCGAGUUCUUCCAGGAACUACUGGAGGACUACGGGACGAUGAUCAAGACCUAUGAUGGGGUCAGUGCCACCGCCGUUCUCUUCGAGUUGGUUUCGCACAAGAAGGCCAUUCAGGUGCCCAAGGAUACUAUGUCUUACUCGACCCGGGGUCCUUGGUACAAUGUUGGUUGUGCGUUCCGUUGGGAAGACCCCAGCCUGGACAAGAUAAUGCGCGAGACACAACGCGCCCUGAUGCGGAAGGUUGGAGAUCGCGCCGGUGGGGGUGCCCAUGCCCGAGCAUAUGCCAAUUACUCGCACAGUGACGGCCGAGCGAAAGAUGUGUAUGGGGACAAUCUGCCCCGGCUGCAGAAGUUGAAGAAGCAGUACGACCCCAAGAAUGUGUUCAAGAAGUGGUUGAACCUGCUUCCUGAGGAAGAUGUUCAGAUUUAG